CAGUGUGUGUGUCGGCCAUCGCAUUGCUGUUUGUGUUUGUGAUCGCAAAACACGUGUGAAUUUGUGACACAAAUUGUCUCAAUAUUUAGCCAUUUAUUGAACGAUUGAAAUGAUGUCUAAACCGAAGAAAGCGGUGAAAGUGAGUAAAAACCGGAAGAAGACGUGGAGAAAGCACUGUCCCAUCGAUGAUGUGGAGGAAUAUCUCGAGAAUAAUCGCUUCAAUGAGAGGAUUGGUGGUGCCAUUGCAGACAAAUCAGAUGACAGUCUCUUUGUGGUCGAGAAGACGGCAAACGCGGAGCUCCUGAAUGAAGACCAACCGAAGACAAGAGCCGCCAAAGAGUCGAAACUGAAAUCAAUUCAAUCGGACUUAAAGUACUUUAAAUUACUUGAGUCUCAGUCCAAAGCGGAACCGAUUGUCCCCAGAGUUGGUCCCAAAGACAAGAGAAGAACUUUUCUUAACGACGACAAGAAGUUCGCCAAACUUUGGCCACAAAAACAAUUGCAAUAUUUGAGAGCAAAACAAAAGGCAGACGAGAAGAAAGCCGUCAAAUCGGAUCCGAAGUUAAGGUUUAACUUUAGCAGUGAUUUGUGGGCCGACGCCGAAGAAACUGAUCCAAAGGACGUCGAAAUAGAAGAGUUGAUUGAUUAUCAGGAGGUCCUGAAGGGCAGUAAACCACCAAAAGUGCCGAAACAUCGCUACCAAAAGCCGUCUCUUCUGCCAUCAGUGGAACCGCCGCUUUCGGGGCAGUCAUACAACCCGUCCUUCGAAGACCACCAGAACCUGUUGGCCAUCGCUCACGACAUUGAGGUCAAGAAGAUUAGAGAAGACAAUCACUUGAAGCGCGUCGUCGAAGACCAUUACGUGAGCAGAGCGUCGGCACCUAACGACCAGACGUGGGCUAAAGAGAUGUCUCACGGAUUAGGUCUCAGCGAUGACGAGGAAGACAAUGAAAGUGAGGAUCAGAUGGAAGAGAAUGAAGACAAGACAUGGAAUCAGUUGAUUAGAGCCGACAAGAAGAAGACUAGAGCCCAGAGACGUAAAGAGUUGUUACAGAAAGAGACGGAAAAGAAGAAGAGAUUAGAGAAGAGUUUGAAAUCUUCAGCGAAUGAAAUCUUCAAAUUAAAGACAUAUAAGAAAGAGUUGAACCAAAAGGAGAAGGAGUCCUCUGAGAGACAGAAGCGACGGUCGGCACGAAAUUUAGCCAAACUUUUUCAACCCAAACGAAUGAGUCGUUAUAAGUAUGAGGAGCCGGAUGUUGAACUGCAUCUGACACACGAACUGAGCGGUUGUUUGCGUUCAAUGAAAACGGAGGGAAACCUAUUACAAGACCGCUUCAAAUCCAUUCAACGAAGAAAUAUAAUCGAAACGCGAACUAAACAGACCUUCAAAAGGAAAUACAAACUCAAGAAAAUCAUCAAAAAGUCGUGUAAAGACCCCAUCGUUUGA